UUCGGAACGAGGUUCGAGCAAACAUCUAGAAGCUCCACGACUUCACCACGACACACACACAAGAUGCCCGCAACAACAGCGCCUCAAGGGGCGUCUCCGCCGCCGGAUGUCAGUAACAAGAUUCCAAAACUCAUUCCACGCAAGCGGAACUCGAUCGCUCGCGAACCGCCUGCUGCCCCUCCCCCGCCAACGCCCGCGCUCGCGCCGCCACCAGACCUCUCCUCGCACACCUACACGCACCCGUCGCGCCGAAUUCUAAGCCCUGAGGAUCAUGAGCUUUUUUUGAAGAGCCCAACAUGCAAACUCGUACAAGCGUUCAUCUUCAACAUCGCCGAGAGCGUGCAAGACCGCGCCGUGUCAAGCGUCAAGGACAGCGACAUCACCGACACACUGGGCAAGGUGCUGCGAAUCCUGCGAGAGGCAGAAAAGAUCCAAGAAGACUGCCCACCCGAGGAUACAGGCUCGCGCUUCGGCAACCCUGUCUUCCGCACGUUUCUGGACAAGGUCGAAGAAGCCCUCCCGUCCUGGCACGCAGAGCUGGGUCUCACGGACGCUGCACAGAUUGACGAGAUAUCGACCUACCUCCUCAACUCGUUCGGUAACAAGCGGAGGAUCGACUACGGCUCGGGCCACGAGCUGAACUUCUUCCUGUGGAUGCUCUGCCUCAACCGGCUCUCGCUGCUGCCGCCCUCAACUUUCCCCGCGCUGGCCCUGGCCGUCCUACCCGCGUACAUGCGGCUCAUGCGCAAGAUCCAGGGCGCAUACUACCUGGAGCCCGCAGGCAGCCACGGCGUGUGGGGCCUCGACGACUACCAGUUCCUGCCGUUCCUGUUCGGGGCGGCGCAGCUGCUGCACCACGCCUACAUCACGCCAAAGAGCAUCCACAACUCGCUCGUGCUCGAGGAGGAGGCGGGCGAGUUCAUCUACCUCGACCAGAUCCAGUUUGUCAACAGUGUCAAGAAUGUCGAGGGCCUGCGGUGGCACAGUCCCAUGCUCGACGACAUCUCGGCGAGCAAGAACUGGGGCAAGAUCGAGGGCGGGAUGCGCAAGAUGUUUGUCAAGGAGAUUCUGGAGAAGCUGCCCGUCAUGCAGCAUUUCCUGUUCGGGUCGCUGAUUCCUGCGGUCGAGGGCAUGAGCACAGAGGAAGAGGCGGGGGUGCCGGACGAGGAGGAGGAGCCCGAGGGCGGCGAGGUCAGGGUGUUCACUGAUGAGGCGGGCAAGAGACACGUGCACGCGAGCAUUGGAUGGGGGGACUGCUGUGGGAUCAGGGUGCCGGCUGCUAUUGGGGCCGAGGGGGAGGAGAGAAAGGCGGGCGGGCGGGGGCUGCGGCGGGUGCCUUUUGACUAG